CACAUUGCGGAAACAACAGGAGAAAAGAAAAAGGUUGAGUUUGAUUUUGAGGCUCGUCGAAGGUAGAAUAAAAAAACACAACAACAAACAAGCACCGCAUCCGUUGUUAUUGAAAUCCAUUGACAUUAUUGCUUCACCAUGCCUUCCCCUUCCGCACCGGAAUCGAGCAGGGUAAGGGAUGGAAAGAAGAGAGAGAAGGACACGGCCCAGUUUCUCGUGGAGCUGGGCGUCGAGGUCGGCAUCCUCAUCGCCACCGGCGUGCUGGCCUCGUACGUGGUCAACAAGAUCGUCAAGGGCCUCAACGCGGGCAACCAGGACGCCGAUGUCGAGGCCGCUGCCUCGGCCGCGGAAAAGCGGCUCCACACCCUCAUGAAGGAAAAGGGCCGGGAGAUCCCUCCCCUGACCAACUACGAGCGUCAGAUCUCCCAGGACGUCAUCGAUCCCGCCGACAUUUCCGUCCGGUUUGCCGACAUUGGGGGCCUGGACGAAAAGAAACAGGAAAUCUGGGAGCUGGCGGUCCUUCCGCUCCAGCAGCCGGAGCUCUUCGCCCAGUCGGGGUUGUUGCAGGCCCCGGGGGGCAUUCUGCUGUACGGACCACCCGGGACGGGGAAAACCAUGCUGGCUAAGGCCAUUGCCAAGGAAGCCCAGGCAACUUUUUUGGCCGUCAAGCUCUCCAAGAUCAUGAACAAGUGGUUCGGAGAGUCCAAUAAGCUCAUCGACGCCAUCUUCAGCCUGGCCAACAAGCUCGCCCCGUCGAUCAUCUUCAUCGACGAGCUGGACACCUUUCUCAAUCCUCGAGACGGGGCGGAAAACAGCGCCGGAAACGCCAUCAAGGCCGAGUUUCUUACCCUCUGGGACGGGAUCACCACCUCCGGGAACAGCCACGAGUCGCACGGGCCGGUCAUGGUCCUGGGGGCGACAAACCGUCCCAACCACGUCGACAACGCCAUCCUGCGGCGGCUCCCCCGCAUCUUUCGGAUCGACCUUCCCAACGUGCAGGGCCGCCUCCAGAUCCUGAGGCUGACCCUCGAAAAGAGCAAGCACCCCCUCGGCGACUCUGCCAAGAAAUACCUACCUCAGUUGGCGAAGGAAACGCAGGGCUACUCGGGGAGCGACCUCAAGGAGCUCCUCAACUGCGCCGCCCUCCAGGCGGUGCGGGAGGUCAUGCGGGAAAAAUCGAGGAGGGCCGUCGGACUGAUCCCRGAAAGCGGCGUUUCCGAGAUCGACGAGGAAGCCAAGGACGAGGGGGAGAAACCGGCGAAGCAGCCGAGGCUGCGGGCCAUGACGGCCGACGACCUGCGGCUCGCCAGGACGAAGGUGAAACGGACGGGAGCAGAAUCCGCCGACUACGACGAGCGCCAGAACGGGUACGGGGGAGGAGCGCGGGGACCAAUGAUCGAUCCCGAGCAGCUGAUGAGGCUGCUGGCCUCGCAACUGAUGCACGGCAGCACCAACGGCCACGGAAACCACAAGGCCAAACGAAACAACAACAACAACGGCGACGACAUUCCCAAUCUUUAAACAAGGGAAAACAUCAUGAACACAUCUUGCAUUGUGCUUGGAUGCCUUUGGUUUCUUCUUGAAAGGAUGUGACAAACGCAAUGAUGCCGUGCUCUGUACAAACUACACGAAACCAUUGUUCGUGAAUGAGUUUCUGCCCCAUCCUCUCAAUGGAGAACAAAGUAAUGCUAUACAG